AUGACGAGGCAACCCUCCGACACCUUUCUUCCCUCUGGAGGCUUCCACCACGACGCCCUACUUCCAGCCUCCCCUACAUCCGCCAGCACAGUCGAGCUCUCCACCGCGUACGACCUGCAACCAAUCUACGAAUACCACACGCGCAGCUCCUCGCCCGCUGCUGCUGCGGCUGCUGACCCUCGCUUCGCCCAUUCCGCGCCACUCUUCAACUAUGCGUCCUCCCACAUACCCCUCGCCUCCUCGCUAAAUCCUGCCAUUCGUCGCGAUAGCAGCCUCUCACCCACCGAUAUUGGCGUCGCCAGGGCCCCCAGGCCCUCGAUGCCGCCGCCUACUGUCGGCAGCCUGUCCCGCGAUACUGUCUCCCCCAGCUUGGCUGUUGCCACGUCGCUCACUCGCUCUGUCUCUGCAGAUGCCGCCGCGCCGCAGCAGACGUCGCUCCAUCUCGUCCAACGGCUCGUCCAGCAAAACUCGCUGAUUCGCGAGGCGUGGGAGGCUGAACGUAAAUAUCUCGAGGCGAAUCGCAAACGCGCGGAAGAAGUCUACCAGGAAGAGCGCACCAUCAUGAUGGAUAUGCGCGAAUCAUGGGUCGGCGAAAGGGCCAUCAUGCAACGCGAACUGCAUGUACUGCGGGAGCGUCUUCAGCAUCUGGAGAGCGAAAAUGCUGGCCUCAAAUCGUUGACUUCACCAUCCAGUCAACUGAGCGGCUUGGUAUCGCCUGCCGCCGCCGUUGGCAAGUCCCAUGCCGACUCGCUGCCACCUGGUCUGCAGGGCGCCUCGCAGCGGCCUCACUUUCUCAGUAGUAACGGAUCGCGCACAUCUCCAAUGGGCAACCCUGAUCAGUCUGCGUCCAUGCCUCUCGAUCCGCGCACUCAGCCGGAGACAUCUUCUACUCGAGACUUUCUCGUUUCUCGCAAGAGGACGAAUGAUGCCCCGAUUCCCCUCAUUGACGUCCACGAGAUCGACCCUAAGCUAGACGGCAUCUUCCUCAAGGCCAACGCAGUCCGCGACACCUUUACUCAGUCUUCUGUCAAGUCUUCUGUCAAGUCUUCUGUCAAGUCUUCGCCCGCAACGUCACCACCCGCGGAUCAGAGCUCCUCAGAGCAGGAGGGUGCGCCCAACAAGCGACGGGCCUCCUCCAAGGCUCAGACGAUGCAAGCACUCGCAGCCGGCGAGCUGCGCCGCAGGACGAUGCACGCGGGGCACACACCUAACCACUCUCUGUCUCUUUUUCCCACGAUGACAACGCUGGACGGCAGCAUGACGGCCGGUCAAAGUGAAGCGACGACGCCUACGGCGGCGAACAAGCCGGUCGAAGAAGAUUGUCAAGAGCCCGAGGCCACCACCGAGCCAGACCGUGCUGAUGCAGCGCUAGAGACGGACAAAUUGCCAGACGCUCCGGUCGACGACAUGGACGAGACGCUCCGUCUUGAGCCCAAGGACGACAUUCCACUCAAGGGUCCUCUCAUGGUCAAGAACAUUCCGGCGCAGGAUGAGAUUUUCUGGGCCCGGGUCAACCAGAAGCUCGAGGGCAUCAGCCACGGCGAAGAGGAGGCGCUGCCUACCGUCAUGAAAUCGCAGUUGGCGGAACAUGAGAAGUCAAUGACCAACGGUGCGUCCGAGGCUUUCGAAGCGACCAAACCGGUCGAGGUGGACGUACCUCUCAAGAUUCGCACAACGACCAACUUUGGCGCUCCGUUUGGCGUGGCAUAG